AUGACUUUAAUUCCGCGCGGAGAACUUCUUCCCUACAAGGGCAACUUCUACCUAUGGAACUAUAUCCCUUCCAUGGCGGCAGCCGUCAUUUUCCUGCUCCUAUUCUUGGUGGCAUCAUUGGCUCAUAGCUGGAGAAUGUACCAUGAGCGACUAUGGUUCUGCCUUCCCUUUGUAAUUGGAGGAUAUUUGGAGGUCAUUGGAUACAUCGGCCGAGCCAUGGCCGUCAAUGCCACGGAUCAGCUCGGGCCCUAUAUUAUACAAUCCGUCUUCCUGCUCGUCCCUCCAUCGCUAUUCGCCGCCUCCAUUUACAUGACACUCGGUCGAAUCAUGCGGGCAUUGGGACCCGUGGGAGAGUCAUGCUCUUUUAUUCGCGUCAGCCGCCUAACAACCAUUUUUGUACUGGGCGACGUUUUUGCUUUUCUCGUCCAGUCCAGCGGCGCUGGAUACAUGGCUGCGGGCAGUAGUUCCAAGACGGGCGAAAACAUUGUCAUUGGAGGCUUGCUCAUUCAGAUCAUCUUCUUUGGUCUGUUUGUUGUUGCCGCCGUCUCAUUCCACCUGCGUUACCGUCAGUCGGCCAGCUCCUUGGCUCCCAGCAACGUGCCGUGGCAGUCAAUGCUCACCAUGUUGUACGUCAACUCUGCACUCAUCUUGGUGCGUUCCAUCUUUCGCAUUGCCGAGUACGCAAUGGGCUCUACUGGCUAUCUUUUACAAAACGAGUGGCCAUUGUACGUAUUCGACUCGGUACUCAUGCUCGCAGUAAUGGUGGUCUUUUACAAGAAAUACCCUUCCGAUAUUGGCAAAGCUCUUGGUCUCGGGGGAAAGACGGGCUAUGCCCCGGCCGCAGUGUGA